AUGAACAUUAGCGGGACGGGCACUCAGUGUCUUCGAUAUUAUUAUUAUUUUACAAAUUCAAAUGAAAUUCAACGAAUAACGGUGAAGUUAGACACAGAUGGAAAUAGUAGCAUUAUUGAUGAAGUAACAGGCAUACCUCGUAAUGGAAGGAUUGAAGAGAAUAAAACAUUCGAUUCAACAACACCAUCAGGUUACAGGCUGAUUUUUGAAAUGGCACAACAAACUGGCACUGGAAUAUAUUACACAGCAAUAGAUGAAAUUAGUGUAUCAUUGGGCAGUUGUCGUACGUCCACCGUUCCAAUAACUACGACAACACCAGUGGAAGCGAAUUAUGGCAUUCUCAUUGGUAUUCCAGUGAGUUUUGGAUUACUCGUUUUAGCUAUUGCCAUUAUAGGAGGGCUGAUUUAUUAUUCUAAAGUUGAAAAUAAAAACGCAGUUCAUCCCGAAUCAGGAACGCCAUUGAAAGCUAUAGUAAAACAAGAUGAUUCCGAUCGAUUGAAAGCUACAGUAGAUCAAGAUGAUUCCGAGCGAUCGAAAGCUACAGUAGAUCAAGAUGAUUCCGAUCGAUUGAAAGCUACAGUAGAUCAAGAUGAUUCCGAGCGAUCGAAAGCUACAGUAGAUCAAGAUGAUUCCGAUCGAUUGAAAGCUACAGUAGAUCAAGAUGAUUCCGAUCGAUUGAAAGCUACAGUAGAACAAGAUGGUGCAGAGCUAUCGUGGUUGCCGACACCGAACCAGCCGAUCGAUACUUUGGGAAGUAGUGGAGUAAAUUAA